AUGGCUCCCAAGCCGAAGGGGAAGGCUCUAGUUGCUACACCUCGCAAGCGACCAGCGGCCCAGAUGUCCAGCUCUCCCGAGUCGCAGGUGCCCGCCACGCCUGUUCCUUCUGUUGUCGCCUCCUCCACAUCACGUUCUCGCACUAUCCGUCCGUAUCGUUCGCCUGAAGUCGAGGACGAAGCUGAGGAUCUUGAAGGCUCCAUCGUUUCUGAGUCCGAGGCUCCAAAGGAUGAGCGCACCGUGCUUGGGUGGAAGGUCGCUGCCCGCUGUGAGGUUCCUGAUUCUGCAGGACGCCUUCGCGCUGGCUCCCGCCCAUGCUGCAUGAAGUGUGCACACACGUAUUACAACUUCCCAGGCCAGAUGUGCUGGGUCCCUUCCAGCAUGGCCAAGUGCGCAGACUGCCUUCGGGGCAACCACGCGUGCGUUCCAGCUGCUGCCCAGCUUGGCGCCGAGUUGGAGGCCCUCCAGCUUGCGGCCGACACUCUCCUGAACUGUUGGGCUGACGACGAAGAUGCUGGCCUUGCUGCUGAUUCUGAGGCUACUGUCCAGGCCAUCAGCGCCCUUCACGCUGCCCAGCGCGUAUACAGCAAUGCCACCAAGGCCAAUACCAUUACGUUGUCCCAUCCUUGCUUCCUUGUGCAUGCUUCCUGUGAUAUGCCUCAAUUAACGAUAGCCCUACAUCAUGUUUUGGCACCCAUUGGUCGUCUGCAGCUGUAUAACCAGCCCAUCUAA